AUGAGCGGGGGAGUGGACUCCUCCGUUGCCGCGUUGCUAUUGAAGCAGGAGGGUUACGAUGUCGUGGGCGUGACGAUGCGCCUGUGGUCGGUGGAGGACGAGGCCGCCGCGCCGCUGAACAAGCGCUGCUGCUCGGUCGAGGAUGUGCAGGACGCCGCGGUGUGUGUGACGCCAUCGGCGCAGCGCCACUACUACAUAAACUUCGAGCGCGAGUUCCAGCAGCACGUCAUCGAUUACUUCGUGCGCGAGUAUGAUCGCGGACGGACCCCUCAUCCCUGCCUCGCCUGCAACGACAAGAUUAAGUUCGACUUCCUGCUGCGCCGCGCCAUGUUCAUGGACGCCGACUACAUCGCAACAGGACACUACGCGCGCAUACGGCGGACAGUGAGCGCACACACCUGCUCAAAGGCACAGACGCAACGGCUGUUGCUUCCUGUCGGCGAGUACCCUAAGAGCGACAUUCGCCGUAUCGCUGCCGACGCAGGUCUGCCCGUCGCCGACAAGCCGGACAGCCAGGAGAUCUGCUUCAUCCCGGACGGGGACUAUCGCAAGUUCGUGGGCGAGCGUGUGAUGCCCAAGCCGGGCGAUCUGGUUGACACCGAGGGCAAAGUGCUUGGCAGGCAUCCGGGCAUACAGUUCUUCACCAUCGGGCAGCGCAAGGGCUUGGGCUUGCAGGGCAACACCGGCUCUCCAAUGUACGUUACAUCCAUAGACGCCGAUGCCAACCGUGUGGUACUUGGCAGAAAUGAAGACCUGAUGCGCCGCGAACUCUGGGCGUCGCGCCUGAACUAUAUCUCAGGCGAGCCGCCUGAUACGCCAAUUGAGAUAACUGCGAAGAUACGAUAUAAGGCGAACGAAGAGCCUGCAACACUGACGCCGCACGGCGACUGGGCAGAAUUGCGCUUCCACGAGCCGCAGCGAGCCGUUACGCCGGGUCAGGCCGUCACCUUCUAUCAGGGCGAGGAAAUCAUCGGCGGCGGCAUUAUCGAACUCGAAGCUCCGAUUCCGGCAGAAACCGAGCUUUGGGAGCGCGAUGGCUGGGGUGAGAGGCUUGGCAUAGCCGAGAACCGAAACGGCUAUCGAUUCACCGCAGAGCAGGCGGCAAACCUCCCAGAGUUCUCACUUGACGAUCUGAUGGAUUACUACCGCUCGGUGCGCGUUGAGCUUUUCGAGUUCAUCGACUCGAUGUCGGAAGAUGACCUUGCCAACCUCCCAAAUCCCAGGCGACCGGAAUUCCCAGUUGGCGAUACGCUCAAGCACAUUAUCGUCGAGGAAUCCCAGCAUGUCGCCGCCACGUCGCGGGAAAUCGACGCAGUUGGCAUUGUAGAGGCCACCCGCGUCGCCAUGGCAAGAGCGAUCGACGCGCUUCCAAUCCGCCCCCAAUACCUGCUCCUUGACGCUCUGUUGCUUCCCGACGUGGGUCUGCCUCAGCGCGCAAUCGUGAAGGGUGACGCCAAGUGCCUGUCGAUUGCAGCUGCGUCUAUCGUGGCUAAAGUUACCCGCGACGCGAUGAUGAGGGACGCAGACACCGCCUACCCCGGCUACGGCUUCGCGCAGCACAAAGGCUACGCCACUCAGCAGCAUCGAGAUGCGCUUGAGCAACUUGGCCCCUGCGACAUUCAUCGCUUCACAUUCGCCCCUGUACGACGACUUGCGGAAGCCGACGCAUGA